CUGUAGGAUCCACUCUUUUACCGGCCUACGUCGUGCUCUGGCAACCUGGAGGCUAAGGUUAGGUAGCUGUUCGCUAUGCUAUUGCUUCAACAUACCUCUAACUAAACACCUUCAAGAUAACGACCACUACUCUUCAGCGCCACCAACGUCUCGUCUCCGCCUUAAUAGCGCAUAACGUAUCACCCACGAUCAUAUCCAGCGACACGCGCAAACACAUCCUUCACAAUGGCGGCGGCCGAAUCGGCGAGGGUCCAGGAAGCGCAGAAGCUCGCCAAGUCUGACCCUCGAAAGGCUGAGGCCAUCUACAAGGACAUCAUCUCCAAGGCUCCCAGCACCACAUCCGAUGCUGCUACUCGCGAGUACGAGACUGCUCUGAUCAGCUUAGGAGAGCUGUAUCGAGACGAGAAGAAUACCCAAGAGUUGGUGACCCUGGUCAAGGAGAGCAGAACGGUCUUCUCUUCUUUCGCAAAGGCCAAGUCAGCAAAGCUUGUCCGCCAACUGCUCGACCUCAUCAAGGAAAUCCCCGAUAGCACCGAUAUCGAAAUCUCCGUCACCAAGGACUGUAUAGAAUGGGCCACCGCCGAGCGCCGCGCGUUUCAGCGACAGGACCUCGAGGUCCGCCUUGUCACUCUCCAGAUGGCAAAGCAAUCCUACUACGAAGCCCUCGGUCUCAUUAACAACCUUCUUCGCGAGCUCAAGCGUCUCGAUGACAAGCUCCGACUCGUCGAAGUCCAGCUCCUCGAGUCGAGAGUUUACCACGCCCUUGGCAACAUCCCCAAGUCCCGUGCCGCUCUUACCAGUGCACGAACAAGCGCCGCCAGCGUAUAUACCCCUCCGAUGCUACAGGCUAACCUCGACAUGCAGAGCGGUAUGCUUCAUGCUGAGGACAAGGACUUCAACACCGCUUUCUCCUACUUCAUUGAGGCUCUCGAUGGCUACCACUCUCAAGAUGAGAGCACCCGAGCUCAGGCUGCUCUUCAGUACAUGCUUCUUUGCAAGAUCAUGCUAAACCUCGUUGACGAUGUCAACAACUUGAUGACUUCCAAGCAAGCCCUGAAGUACGCUGGCAAGAACCUAGAGGCCAUGAAGGCCAUUGCUCGCGCACAUUCGAAUCGAUCAUUGGAGGAGUAUGAGCGAGCACUUUCUUCUUACCGAUAUGAGCUCGGUAGCGACGCUUUCAUCCGCAACCACCUUCGCCGCCUAUAUGAUGCUAUGUUGGAGCAGAACCUCAUCAAAGUCAUCGAGCCUUUCUCACGCGUCGAAAUCGACCACAUUGCCAAGAUGGUUGGCCUUGACACCCAGCAGGUUGAGCGAAAACUGUCUCAGAUGAUCUUGGACAAGGUUAUUAUCGGUGUUUUGGACCAGGGCGCUGGUUGUCUCAUCAUCUUUGACGAGACGCACCGAGAUGAGUCCUAUGAUGCGGCUCUGGCAACAAUCGAGAAACUGAGCAGUGUGGUGGAUGUACUUUACACGAACCAAGCUUCCAUGCUGGAAUAGAUUAGCAAUGAGAGGCACAUUAGUUGUUGUAUGUAAUAUAUCACACGCUUUUAGACCAGGCGUUUCAAGAGGGAACAGAAUCGUCUAUGCUGAGCGGCACAUACAUGCAUUCAUUUGCUUGCACAACCAUAUCUGAAACGAAUAACCAAAACUAUAUAUAUGCUGAUGCCCCCAACAGACUGCGCUGCAAGACAGGGGUAUGUAAUCAUAUGCAAAGAAAGCAUAAAGGAUACAACAAGCGGUAUCUGGUAUCUCCAAACAACAAUAACAGCC